AGAGAGGAUACGAAAAACACACAGAACUUGGAAUCACAGACACGCGUUCUUGCCUAUACGCCGUUUAAUAUUUUACUACGCAUGCGUUCGAGAUCAAGUACUUGAUGCGCGCGCAUUCUAAUCCAAGGUUCAGGAUUCACUAGCUAAUGGAGAGUCAAUUUUGGUAAUGGUAUCCCAUGGAUGGACCUGGAACUAUUACGUGGGAGGAAUUUGUGGAGAAUGCAGAGAGUUUUGUCCGAGUUUCGGAUGAAAUUUUGGACAGUUGGGAACUUCGAGGUGACAAGAAUAAACCUGCUCAGGCAUAUUUAAUCCGUCAAGUCAAAACCUUUGUACCUUUUGAUUAUUUUAUAAUCAAUCCCGAAGCUCAAUCCAUCGAUAAAUUAAACGAAGAAUUUGUCAAUAAUAUUAAGGAUCCCUUUGAAGCUCAGAACACUCAAGAAAUGCCGUUGAUUACCGAACAUCAUGUAUUAUGGUCUAUGAGCUAUAGCGUUCCAGUAUUAUAUUUCAAUGCGUGGAUUUCAGAUUUUCCUGGUAUUAAUGCAGUGACUGUCGAACAGGCUCAACAACUUGUCCCUCAAGGAACUUUAAAGUACAAUGAGUUAUCCCAGGCUAUUCACCCAAUUCUCGGUACAAUAUUUCUUCACCUUCAUCCCUGUAUGUCCAAGGAAUUACUUCAAAAUACAUCAACGAGCAAUAAUAAAUUAGUUAGCUGGCUGAGCACGGUUGCACCAGCAGCAUUGAAUUUAAAAGUUGGAAAUGAAUACUUUGAAUUGACAAGGACAAACAAAUCUGUUAUUAGCAAGGAAGUGGACGAAGAGAAAUUAAUCAAUAUCAAUAUUUGAUUAUUUUAUAAUUACGUCUAUAUUGGACGGUAAUACUUUUAUCAUGAUGAUGAAACUGUGAUCUCUGUUGUAAAUAAAAUCGAAUAAGGUAUUUAAAUUGACUUUAUAUCUAGAAGAGUAAGCCAUAUCAAUAACUAAUAUCAUUUAUUAAUUACAAUUUUUUGACAAUAUUCUAUGACUGAUGAAGAUAUUGACUAUGUUGAAAGAUUAAGCUUUAAUGAAGUUCAAAAAAUAAUUCAAUAACUUCUGGAAUCUAGCAUAAAUUGGAGAAUAGUUAAGAUACUUAACAGAUUAUUAAGGAAUUAAUAAGAUUAUUCACCAUAACGAUGUAUUAUGAUUAUAUGAACUGAAGAGAAGUGAAUCGAGAGUUCCAGGACAACCGCCAUCGAUGCGUUCGCAAAUGAUGAGAUUAUUGAUCCUAUGAGUGAAUGCGCGUGUCUGUUUUCUCGGAACGUGAGUACAGCAUUUAGCUUUUCAAAUGACACAGGUAUUUGGCUGAGCUGUUGAAACCUCAGUGUUUAUUCAACUCUGGAUUUCCUACAAUUACCAAAAUGGUUUGAUUAUUGAAUUUAAUUCUAUUCAACUAAAACAAUUAAAUAAUAAAUAUAACGAUAAUAAUUUUUUAUUUUUCGUUGUUAUUAUUACGUUUAUGAACAAAACUAACUGAGAAAAAUUCAAUCGUCAUUCAGAAUAUUGUUUAUGAAUCGUUUAUGCCUAGGCUACUGGAACUUUUCUUUCAUUUUAUUUGUAAAUUAAUUAAUUGUUAAAAAAGAGGACAGUAUUUUUUUAUUAAA